GCAGCUCCCAACAGACAAAUGUAAAAUUGACGGUCAUAGAUUGGUCAACAAAAGAAAAUGGAUGUUUUUAUUAAAGCACGAGAAGCAGUGUAUUAUACCUCUCAAGACCUCCACAAAAAUUUAAAACACAUCAAAUGGAGGGAAACCUGUUCGUCCCAUCAGUAUCCAUCUCAAACGCUCCCCCACUCUCACAACUUUCCCAAAUCCAAACCCUAAUUUCCCAAUUCGAUUUUCCAGAUUGCAAUGGCAGACACUCUGAUCCCUAAUCCGGGAACCCCGAAGCAGAAGCUCCCAAUGGCCGCUCGUCUCCCGUCUCCAAUCAGCCCCUUCUUCCUCGGCUUCAACGAUGACCACCGCGAGCGUGCGCAGGCUCGCCCAGCACGCGCCGCCGUGAUUCGAAGGAAGUCCGUUGCGCUCAAUCUGCUGCCACAGCAGGGAGACCGCGAUCCCUGCCUCGGAAACGCGCAGAGCCUCGAGCUGUUCCAGAAUUGCAUCAAACUCGACAGUGAAAAUAAAAUUAAUCAGAAAAAUACAUGGGAGCUGAAUUUGAUAGACCAUUUAACGGAUAUUAUUAAGGUUUGAGAGGAAAACGAUGCAGAGACGAAUUUUCAAAAGGCAAGCUGCACUCUUGAAGGUGGAGUCAAAAUUUACUCAAUGAGGGUGGAUUCAGUACACUCCGAGGCAUAUAAGGUCCUUGGUGGGAUGAACAGAGCAGUCCAAGAAGAUGAACAGGGUUGGGAUGCAUUUGCAGUUGAUCCCGUCUAAGGGUCUUUUAAUGAAUAAUCUUGGAGUAUAUGGUGGAUGCAAAGUGCUCUUUGACGCUUCCGAAGUACUAGGAAAGUGCAUCGAAUCUGAUGUUCAACUUGAUAAAUCAGAUUCCAUUGAUCUUUCUUUUUCUGGUGAUUGAAGAUGACAGACACAGCUGUCCCAAGUUUAAUUGUUCAUAAACUUCUAAACCAAAAUAACUAUGAAGUUUGGAGUUUGCGAGUUAAAACCUACCUAUUGGCAAAAGAUCUUUGGGACAUUGUGGAAGCCACCACUGAGCCUCCUAAACGAGAAGAUGGUGAAGUUGAAUAUACAGCUUGGAGGAAGAGUAAUGCCGAGGCUUUGCACUUCAUCCGGAUUUCUUGUGGGGAGGAUACUUUCUCUUUUAUUAGGGGCACCAGCACAGCCAAAGUUGCCUGGCAUAUUUUGGCAGAAAAGUUGAAGCCAGCUGAAGCAUCCCAAGCCACAGGAACCGGGGAUAUAUCCAACAAUCACACAAAUAACAACCCAAACAUUGUUGAGAUAGAGCCAGAGAAUGAUGCCAUAGAAGAAUCGCUCGAUGAAGGACACGAAGACAACCACGUUAAUCAAGCUAUUAUGCAUUUCGUGAUGAGGGGUGAUUGGGAUGCUGCAAUGGAGCUUCUUAAGCGACAUCCCAAGGCAGUAACUGCAAGAAUUAGGGAAGGUGGGACAAUUCUUCACUGGGCAUUCUUUUUUAAGAAGGUGGACAUUGCAAAAGAAAUGGUGCACUUAAUGAGACCAAAAGACUUGGAAAUACAAGACUGUGGGUCUUACCGCUCUUCAUCGUGUUAUAACCGGUAUUCCAGAAAGCGUCGAACUAGCAAAAUGCAUGGUAGAAAAGAACAAGAAGUUACUCAGUAUUGUCCUUCCUCCCGAUAAAACCAUCCCACUUUUGGCCGGCAAAAUUACCCCACUUAUUCAGGCUCAGGGUCAUGAAGAAGGAGAAAAAAUGGCUCAAUACCUUUAUUUCGUCACUCCGCACGAAACCCUGAACGAUUCCGAAUGCGCUUUACUUAUUAUCCAGGGUCUUAUGUUAAAAAGAUUUGGUAAGAUCAACAUUCAAAUGAUAAUUAUUAUUAUCAGAUACCAUUGAUCUUGGUGAAUAUGUAGAACAGAUGGUAUUGAACAUGCAAAUCAAAAAUGAAAUUUCACCAACUCUUAGGAGUCUAGUUGAUUGAUUUGAUGAGGAUAACAGAAGGCCAGUAGAUAUAUAUACAAGUGAUCAAGAAUUAGCAGAGCAAGUUGAUGCUGCCUAUUACAAUGAAGCUGAUUUUGAUAGUGAUGCAUUUUGCGGGAACUGGGAUUAUGAUCAUGGUGACCAAACAAAAGUCGUGGAGGAGGGCCGUAACUGUGAAUAUUUAUCCAACAGAUCACUCUCUAAUCUCACAGCAUUGUAAAUAUUUGUUCAAAAAUGGUUUUCCAAACUUUUCAGCUUGACGUAAUUUGAGUUAGCUCCAUCUUCAUGAGUCAGAAUAUUUGUGUAUGGCCAAUGACAUGAGUUGUGGUGAUUUUACGAACUUGAUUUCAACUCAUGUAGUUUAAGGGUUUAUACUUGGAUUAUGUCUAGUUUUAUAGAUGUU